GCUACCAUUAAAGCAACAGCACCCUUAAGGCACUGAGAUCUUCACACACUUUCCUUUUGCUACUCUUUGAAGGCUGAAUACAUCAGGAAAAAGGGCUGCAGUUUAGGUUUUCUCUUUUGAUGAGGCAGACUCAAGGAAAAGUUUAAAGGCUUUUGCAAAAUCUUACCUGACCAAAGACGGAGAAGACAAAUAAUUCUUGAAGAUUUCAUAGCCAAAGGAUGUCGAAGGUCAUCCCAAAUCAUGUGGUACGAGUUGGACAGACAAUAUGUGUUUCGUCCCAGGAAGAACAUGUUUGCUUGCACCCUAAUGGGUGCUUGUCUUGUCGCACUUUGCCAACACAAUAUUUCUACUACUCAGUAGAAGGCUGGGACAGACAGACCACACUGACCCAAAGCAAAGCAGGUCUGCUGCCCAAGACAGAACUCUAUGACUCUUGUAAGCCUACUGUAGAGCCCACGCCUAUGACACCUCCAAAUCUGGGGGAUAAACGGCUGCCAGAGGAACCAACAGAACCAAGCAAUGACGCCUGUCCUGCAGUGUCUCCAAAUCUGGAUGUAUCCAUUGAGAAACUGAAUCGCCUGAUCUUGGAAAUUGACCCCACCUUCCAGCCUCUCCAACUGAAGCCAGUGCAAAGCCCGAGUCCUGUCCAAACCAUUCCACAAAGCAACACAGCAGUCGUCCAAAAGCAAGAGCCAGAUUCACCAGACAUAAAAUACAUUGAAAUGUCACCUGCCAGAGCAAAGUGUCAGGAGUCUUGGCAGAACUCAGCAAGUCCUUCCAACCCUCCACUCUCCAUGUCUCCCCCAAACCUUGGCCAUUUGUUUUCAUAUGGAGGAACCCACAGACGCAACGGUGACUCCAGUGGCCACAUAGCCUUCAUGGGUGGCCAUGAUCCUGGAGGCCCCCAGCAUCCCACGGGGAGGCAGUCGCCAACUUGCAUCCGAGUGUCUGAGAGUAUCUCCAUUCCACAGGGGGAUCAGAAGAACUAUGGGCCAAGGUCUCGCCUGGCUUCCUCUCCAGGCUUUGAGCAUUUCCUGAAGUUGUCACAGCACGGGAGGAUGGGGCAGCGAGGCAGCGAGGCAUCUCUGCUUUCGACAAGUCCUGGGUCAGAUACCAGCUACAUUCUUGGAAGCAGCUCCCAGUCGCUGUCCAAUAAUGAGCCUAACACUCCUCAGACUGGGUUGACGGGAAGUCCUUCCUCCAUUGGAUCCCUCAACGGCUCUUCCAUUGGCUCCUGCAGCUCAGGUUCCCACUGCCCUGGUGUCACUUGCUCCCAGAAAGGCACUGCUUCCCUACCUCAGCUGUUCCAGAAAGGGCAGACCCAGAGCUGCUCUUCUUCACCCGUUGCAAGCUCCCCAUCCCCUAUCCCUAUUGUGCUUAUCAACGGCCGUCUAGAAGACACUGGGAUUUCCCCAAAACCUUCCAGGAUUCACCCAGGUUCUUUCAAACAGAAGAUGCCCCCAUCUAGUUCCGGCCCAUUUUCAGGCACCGGCAGUUCCCACAAAACGUCUUCUGAGAGCUCCUUCUCCUCCUCUUCAUCUCUGGACAGCUAUUCCAAAGAAACUCAACCAACUAUGAAGUUUGUGAUGGACUCUUCCAAAUAUUGGUUCAAGCCUUGUAUCACAAGGGACCACGCUGUCCAGCUGCUGACUGAUGAACCCCCUGGCACUUUCAUCAUGCGGGACAGUACAUCUUACCGUGGCUCAUUCGGCUUGGCCAUGAAAGUCUUUGGCAGUAAAACAGGGGAGGAUGGCAGUGAUCACAUCAGGCACUUCCUCAUUGAGUCUUCUGCCCGAGGAGUGCAUCUUAAGGGGGCUGAUGAAGAGCCAUAUUUUGGUAGUCUCUCUGCGUUUGUGUAUCAACACACCAUCAUGCCUUUAGCCCUGCCCUGCAGACUGGUUAUCCCCAGCCAAGAUUUCUUUGGAGGAGGAGAAAGUCCUGUGAGCUCAGAAGUCACUCUUCCUGUUUCAAAGAAAGCUGCUGUUUGCAAUCUCUUGUAUCUGCACUCCAUGACCAUGGAGACACUUACUGGCAAAGCAGCGGUUCAGAAAGCCGUGUCCGCCACUUUUGAACUGGAGAUCCCACCCACCCCCACCAUCAUCCACUUCAAAGUUACUGAACAAGGAAUCACUUUGACAGACAUUCAGCGGAAGGUUUUUUUCAGGCGGCACUAUCCUUUGGCUGCCAUCAGCUUUUGUGACAUGGAUCCUGAAAACCGAAAGUGGCAAAAAUUUUCUAAAACUUCAAGGAUCUUUGGUGUGGUGGCCAAAAGCCCAGCAGACUCUGAGAACACUUGCCACCUCUUUGCAGAAUAUGAUGCAGUACAUCCAGCUACUCAUGUUGUUGACUUUAUCAAGGAACUUCUACCUACUGCUUAAGGUUGCCCAAAUGCUAAGGUUCUCUCUUUCCUAUCAAUGCAACCACCCGUCUAUACUGCCAGCGCACUGCUCCUUUACCUUUUAAAACCAUCUGGACUGCAUUUUGAAAAGGCUCCAGACAAACAUCAGCUGUGUGUUACGAGGGCUGGAUUAGAAAUAUGGCGAGGGGAAACGGUAGGUUAUAUGUCUUUGUGGGGAAUGAAGCAUUGUUUUGUUCUAGCUACAGAAAAGCCAACUGUGUAAUUUCUGGUCUCCCAUUUUCUCCUGCAUACCCUUUUGACUGAUUUAUCAGAAACAGGUGCUUCUUCUUAAUGGAAAACAAUAGUCUUGUCACAUGCAAGCUUGUACUCUUUUACUGUGGCAAGAGCAAGUCUUUGGGAUAGGUUUGCCAACACAGAUCCAUGACAGCUUUGCUACAGUGAUCUAUGCUCUAGUCAUCUCCCAAUUGGACUACUGUAAUGUGCUCUAUGUGGGCUGUUCUUGAAGACUAUCUGGAAGUUGCAAUUAGAGCAGAAUACAGCUACCAGUGUGUUAAGUGGUUCAUCUGGUUGACCCAGCCUGUUAUUGUACUGAAAUUGCCAGUGGAGGGCCUUCUUGUUAUCUCAUUGUUAGGGAACAACCAUUGUGCAAGUGACAUGAGAUAUGGUGCCAUCACAGAGAAGUCCCUGUGUAUGAAACCUCAAUAUAUGACUUUUUAAAAAUAAACUCCUACAAGGUGCUGGCCUUGGCUGCUGCACAACUAAGGGCUCAUCCAGACGACUGUAAAAUGUGUGACAUGAUCGCUUUGUGUUUUCAUUAUUUUUUGGUCGUCCAUAUGACACCGCUCGCUUUUGCGCAUUUUCGCACGGUUAAAUCCGCUCCUGCAAUACCGCAAAUCAUGCGGUUUGCUUUUUUAAACUGGGAAUCAUCCGCUGUACCUUCAGGCGCUCGGAUGCAAUACUGCAGACUUUACAGCUGUGGGCAGUUCUUGGGCAGUUCCCCAUAUCCCUUUCCUCAUUCUCAGCCAAUCAUGUAUUUCCACUGUUGCGCAUGUGCGCGAAUGUCCAGGGAAAACCCGGGAAAAAGGAACCUAUCAGAGCAAUGGUGUGGUGUUGGGGGGGGGCUGCAACUUCUACUGGACAGAUGCAAAAAAGCGCAUUUGCGCAGAAGCAGCAACAGCAGUUAGUUUUUAGCCAGCCUGCAAACUGGGCAGCCGCUCAGGGCGAGAUCUGCAAUUGUGGUUGUUUGUAAACUUUUUCAAGGGAGAAAAUAUUUAUCUUUGCCUAACCUCCACCUCCCACCCCUCACCCCCCGCAUCAAAUGCCCUUCUUGAACGUAUUGGUCUUUGCUUCCAGGCAUCCAGAGUCGAGGGAGGGGGGGGGAGAAGAGAAAUAGAGGCUUUCCUCUUGGAGUACAGACACUCAUGCACCCUUUGUCAAUUUCACUUUCCUGCCUGCAAGGCUACUCUCUUUGAGUCUUGUCAAUUUCAGCUACAGCCUACAGGUUCUCAGCUGAGCUGAAAAGCAUACAGUGGCUUUUGCGAAUUAUGGCAAAUACAAGCAAAAACCACACAGAAAUUAUUGGCAUAUAAGUGGUUUGCUAGAGCGUCUCAGCCACCCGCAACCAUAGAGAGUGGUGGUCUACCUUCCUAGACAUGACACAUCGUUACUUGCUGUUCUGGAGAAAUAAGUGGAAUUGCAAUCAUGUGUAGCUCCAGAAACAUUAAAGAUAGAAAAGCAUACAGUCAGUUUUGCAAAAUAUCACAAAUACAAACAAACAAAAAUACAGGAAUUAUAGGCAUAUAAGUGGUUUGCAUGUUUCUUUUAUCAGAGGGAACACUGCAAAGCCUGUGCUGGUCGCUUCAGCGCAGAUUGACACAGCAGCACGCGGGGCUGUUUGCCCGCAUUUCCUGCCUGAGCCAGGAGCGGCCACCCGUGGGGGAGGGGCUGUUUGCUUCCUCAGGGGCAGCAUUCCUGCCGCCGAGCCGCAUAAUGGUCCGGGCCUGAACUCGGCAGUGAAUGAGCCCAAGGGCUACAGGGGGAUUCGCCCGGCGAUUACAAGCGCUGAUCCCUUGCACUGCCCACAAUCCCCCUGGAUGGUCAGGGGCACCUGGAGACACCACCACCCCGGCCAGCGCUGCUCCAGAGUGGUGAGCGACAAGGAACUCCAUUACAGCCACUACUACCAAACCAUCAGGAAAUUCAAACUUUCACGCUCGUACGUUCAAGCGCAUGCACCUUGUUGUGCUUUGUUGUAAAGGGGGAGAGGAGCAUACGUCAUAUUUUUGUGGACCAAUUGGCUGAUGGGGGGAGUGUUAUGGGCAGAGCUGGGAAAAAGCAAGAAGAAGUACGGGCCCUCUUGCUGCGUGUGUGGGCGUAAAAAAAGCGGGUUUUUUUAUUGGGAAAGAGCGAACAAACAGGCAAAGUGAGGACUGUCAGAUGACGAACCGGAUAUGGAAAACGUGGAUUAUCCUGCUCUGUUUGGAUGAGCCCUAAGUAGCCUAAAACAACAUUAAAAAUAAGCACACACAUACAGAGGUAGUAGAAUAAUUCAUUUCCCCAUAAGAUAGCAAUUGUCAUCUCUCCACUGGUAAGGGAGGUGGAGAGGGAGGCAGAGGCCACUACUCAGAUCUUUGCAUGUCAAACCAAGUGCAACCCCUCCCCCAUUCAGCCAGCAAGCAUAAUCUCUCUCACUUAACCACCUCCCGGACCCUGCCCUGCCACCAACUAAGGGACAGUCACCCAAGCAAACAUUUUCCCCUGAGAUGCAAAAAAGAUAAAAUACUGCAAAUGCAGCACAGUAGCCAGAGAGGGUGGUGGAGGCCACUUUGUGUGCCAAGUGCAAACACACACACAUUACAUCUUUCUUCUCCACAGUUCUUUAUCUCCAUUCUGCUGCUGCCUCCUUCUCCUUUAUCCAUGUUCUUGACCUCCUGAUCCUUUUCCCCUCCACUCCAUUCUUCACCACCACUAUCCAUUUUUUUAAACAAUUGUUUUCUCCACUCCACCCCGUCUCACUCUCCGCCUCCUCCCCACCCUCAGAGCAUGAGGGAACAGCAACACUGCACAGAAGCCCAGUUUGAGGCACAUAAUUUUCACCCACAAAUCAGAGGAGCAGAAGACUUCCCCUGCUCCCCAACCCCCAAGUAAUGCCCAAAAGUAAUGCUGGAAACAUUACAAUUACUCCACAAAAGUAAUAAAAUAACUCCUAGUUCUAUUACAAUCAAAGACCAACCCAAAUUGUGUUUGCAUUUUGACAAAUUUGUAGGACAGUCCAAUAUCUCAGAGAGGAGGUCAAGUCUCCUGCUCCCCUGGUGCAUUCAUUAUAGCUGCUCAAUUUCCCUGCUUUUUAAAGUUUGAUAGAAAUAUCUGUGGGCUAUAGGUACAUUCUUAAACGGCAAGGGUUUUUGCCUAUUAAUGAAUUACUUACAAGCUCUGUGCAUCCUAAGUGUUGGCCCCUUGUAAGGUGUUGCUUUAAUUAAAGGGGCCCAGCCUUCUUCUGAAGUCUCUUAAGGCAACAGGGCAGGGAAACCUCUGAUCUCACUGGGUCUUCCACACUGGAGUCCUCCAAGUUUGAGGCCAACAGUGUCACAUCCCUGGGCUGCAGGGAUGCUGGACUCCCAGGCUUGUCUGGUAGCAGCACUUCUGGGACUGGUCCUGUGUGCCCUUCCACUUUGGAGUCCUUGACUGCAUUACCUGAAGAGGAAUCUGAUUCCUGCUCCCUGACGUAAAGCCUUACAUGACUUUGAAUCUCAACACCUGAAGGAGCUCCUCUCCGUACCAGCCUGGCUGUGCCUUACAAUCUGCAAAGGAAGCCCUGUUUUGUGUUCUGCUGUUGGGAGAGAUCCCUUAUGGAGGGACAUGUGACAAGGCCCUUGCUGCAGUGGCACCUCAUUUGCAGAAUGCCUUCCCCUCCAAGUUAUGAUUUCGGCACAGAUUCGUGUUUUUUUUCCAUCUCAGCACCAACUCAAAUCGCAUCCACACAAUACAUUUAAAGCACAUUUAUACCACCUUAAUAGUCAUGGUUUACCCCAAAGAAUCCUGGGAACUGUAGUUUAUACCUCCCAAAGCUACAAUUCCCAGCACCCUUAACAAACUACAGUUCCCAGGAUUGUUUAGGAGGAACCAUGUCUGUUUAAGUCAGCCUUUCCCAACCAGUGUGCCUCCAUAUGUUGUUGGACCACAACUCCCAUCAGCCUCAGCCAGCAUUGCCAAUGGUCAGGAAAGAUGGGAAUUGUGGUCCAACAACAUCUGGAGGCACACUGGUUGGGGAAGGCUGGUUUAAGUGGUAUAACAGCGUCAUAAAUGCAUGGUGUGGAUGUGACCUUAUUAUCUUCUCAGGCACUUGUAGAGCAUUCAGCUUUAGUUUUCUGUUAGAAGUGUGAAGCCUGCUCUGUGUUUUAAAGAUUGGUGGUUUUAAUCAUAUUUGUUCUGUUCUUUUGUUUUAAUUGGAUUUAGUUGUAUUUAUAUUGUUUGAAAUGGAGUAUUUCUACCCUGGCCUGAGAUCAGUUGAUGAAGGGUGGGUUGAAAACAUUUUGAAUAAACACAGUAAAACUGUUGAUUAUUAUGCCAGAUGUAUUGAAAUAACUUUUGUACCUAGACCUUCUUGAUGUAUGUAAUCCAUUUCUCU